GUAAGUGCUUAAAUUCAUGUUAAAACCAAUGGUGUCUUCAAACCUCAUAUGUGACGAUUUUUUAAUAACCUAUUUUGAUGCAUAUUAUAUAAAUAUAACCUACUGUUUCAUCAUAAAAAACUUAUAUAAAGUGUUGAUAAAAAUAAACUUGUGUUAAGACUGGGACAUACAAUGUAUAAUGUCCCAGGUUAAAACCAUGAACAUAACAACUCGUGUGUGCACUGUACAAAACACUAGAUCUUAUCAGGUGCGUAUAUUAAUAUACGUACCUGAUCUUAUUAAUUUAUGUAAUAUAUAUUUAUGGUUGGUAAAUCUAUUUGUUAUUCAAUUUUCUUGAUUAUAAAUAAACAUAACAAUAUUUAUGAUUGAUAAAAGGCUAAUUAAUUGUUGUUCUUAAUAUUAUCAAUGAAUUAUGAAAUCCAUAUUUGUAUUUUAUAUCUUUGAGAUAAUCAUAAUUAUAAAUUAGAUUAUGAAUUGUAAGCCAAUGCAGACAUGCGCGUAUGUACACUAAAGGAAGAUCCUGAUACUGAGUUUUUUUUAAAGAGUUACUGCCCUUUGUAAAAGUUACGCCUUGAUCGUAACCAAAUUUUGGAAGAAGCAUGUCAGAACGUGAACGAUCAGCUGACGCUGUGAAGAGCUAUGGGGGUUCAUACUCUAUGGAAUAUUCUUGAGGACUCUGGUGAAAACAGUAUAACGAUCCGAAGUUUAAAAGGGAAGAAACUCGCCGUUGACUUGAGUGCAUGGAUUGUAGAAUUAAAACAAAGCAAAUUUGCUUCGCAGUAUCACAAUAUUUACAUCAGAAAUUUAUUUUAUAGGACAAUAGAAUUUAUGAAGGAGGGUGUUGAGUUGGUGUUUGUGACUGAUGGUCGAGCACCGGACAUUAAACAACAAGCGUUGCUGAAAAGACAACAGAACCAAUUUGGUUCAUCAUCUAACACUGUGAACACAGACAGGCCUUAUCUUAGGAAUGCUGUAUCUCAGUGUGUUGAGAUGUUGGAAUAUCUUGGAUUAUCUUGUGUGGAGAGUUCUGGGGAAGCAGAGGCUUUGUGUGCUGAGCUAAACAGAAAACAGCUUGUAGAUGGCUGUUUAACAGAGGACAAUGACUUCUUUCUGUAUGGCGGUAAAACUUUGUAUAGAAAACUUACCAAAAACAAUAAGAUGUAUUUGGUUGACAGAGUUGAUAUGGAUCAAAUAAAAUCUGACCUUGACCUAGAUAGAAGUGACCUUGUAGCAUUGGCACUAUUGUUAGGGUCGGAUUAUGAUGAGAAAGGAGUUAAAUGUAUAGGAAAGGAGAAAGGAAAGGCACUCAUCAAAUUGCUUAAAUCUAGAAACUUUAAUCCACUUGACAGGUUACAAGGAUGGAGGGAAAAUAAAGAACUUGACCAUAUUCAGGAACGGUUGUCAGUAGAAACCAAGAAGGAAUGUCACUGUAGCAAAUGUGAUCAUCUAGGUCGUAUAAGUGCACAUGAAUCAUCAGGUUGCAAGGAUUGUGGGAUGGAAAUUGGUUGCCAGGAUACAAGUAUAGUCACAUGUAACUGUCCCUGGCAUAAACAGGAAGCUGUGAGGAAACAGCACAAACUUGAGGUUACCUUGCGGCAGAAAUCACUAGAGAAUGUUUCCUUUCCAAAUAAAAUGGUGAUAGAAGAAUAUCUGAACCCUGGUCUCAAGUCUUGUUCGGAAAUCCAAAAAUCAUCCAUAAAUGUGCCAAAGCUAUUGACAUUCUUGAAACAUCAUCUUGGUUGGCAGUCUGAGGAAGUUUUAGGCAAGAUGGUUCCCAUUGUGAUAUUGAAAGAGAUGAGGGAAGCUGGAAGCCAACCUGAUUUAAUGUUUACCCCAGUCAGGAUAUUAAGGGCCUGUAAAGAGAAUCAUGUAGAUUGUUAUGAAGUGCUGUGGGACAAAACAGAUAGGAAUCAUUGGGCAGGUGCAAGUUUUUCAACAAACAUAAAGGAAAAGGUGGAAAAGUCCCUGUUUCAGACUGUUUAUCCGGUAUUGGCCGCAAAGUUUGAACAAGAACUGACAGAGAAGAAGUCUGGAAGUGGAAAAAAGAGGAAGGCUGAGGGGUUGAAAGUCAAGUCUAACUUACAAGUUCCUAAGAAGAUCAAAAGGAAAAAAAAUUUUACCAUUUUACUGGAGAAACGAUGCGGGCCUCAGAAGGAAGACUUUUUAACAUAG